AUGAAGUCAUGCACCUUGUUGGUCAGCAUCGUGGCCAUCGUGUCCACUGUGAACGCCUUGUCAACGUAUCCACCAAAUGCUACAGUCCCUGAAUCACCAUCGAAAAAGCUCUUGCAAAACUGUGACUGUUUCACUGUCUCUGGUUCAGACCCGGGGUAUUUCCAGCACUACAGACUUUGGGACUUCCGCUCCAUUCCAUUAGGAGAAGAGUCCAGGCCAAAAUGGAUCAGUCCGGAGGAGGCCUGGCAGGACAGCGAUGAGGACCAUGAUAUGGAAGAUGAAGACCUGGAAGACCAGACCGAUCCUGAUGAUGAAAAAGAACUUCCCGGUCCCGAUUCUGUUCUGUUUUUCGAGACUUCCUUUGAAAAGGACUGGAGCAGCCAGAAAUGGCAACGCCGUCGCACUCCCGAUGCCCCUGUCGCUAUGAUCAACUCCAAACGGAACGUCUUUCUCACCAAGGACCACGAGCGGAAUGACAGCGACUCGACGUAUCUGGUCAUGCGCACUACACGUCAUGCCAACUACACUUCCACUGCCGAAAUCGAGACGCGAACACGGAACAUCUACGGCUGCUCAGUCCGGGUGCGACUGCGUCUGCUGCCGGCGGAUGCUGCCGUGGCGCAACCACCCCAGCCCAAGGAGUGGCCGCCAGUGAGCCCGCAACAACAUGGUCGGCCGGUAUUAAAUAACGGAAGUGUCCCCGUCAACAACACGAACAGGCCGCCAACAGGCGCAUGCGCCGGCAUCUUUACUUAUCAUUCUUUCAAUUGCGAAUCUGAUAUCGAGAUCCUGACAAGUGAUCCUUCAAAUCGUGUACAUUAUGCAAACCAGCCCGACUAUGAUCCUGCUAAGGACGAUAUGAUUCCCGGUGCGAGUACAGUGGUCGACAUGCCUGUCGCAUGGACAUCGUGGGCUACCCAUCGUCUCGACUGGCUCUCGGACCAAUCCCGGUGGUAUGUGGACAACAAACUGCAGGAAUCCAAGUCGUACCGAGUGCCCAAUCGGCAAAGCAUGGUGGUGAUCAAUCUCUGGAGUGACGGCGGUGUCUGGACCGGUGACAUGAAACUUGGCGACAGCAUCUACAUGGGCAUCGAGUAUAUCGAGCUGGCCUACAAUCUCACCACAGAUCGCUCCAAUAGACUAGGCAUACCUUCUUCGCAACUACAUGGCGGUCACCAGCAGCCUCUAGCGAAUCUUUUCACAGUCAACUCUUCCGAGUCGGAGGUUGACGUCAACGGUGUGACCAAGAAGCACCGAAAGUGCAGGAAGGGCAGAAAAGGCCGCAAAUGCCGGCGAAGAAACAAACACCGGAAAGGUCAUCGCGGCGGGAAGGGUCACCAUGACGGUUCAUGUCGAAGACCUUGUCACAUCGACAACCUCCACCCGGACUUGGUGGGUUGA